AUUUCUUUGUUUUCUUUCAUCCUUUUUAUUUUUUAUUCCUGUGAAGACAUUUCUCAUUGACAUAUUAUGGCUGCAAGUCGAAGAGAAGAAAUAGUGGCUCGUCUGGAACACUUCAAUGCUGGAGAUCAAUAUGAAAUUGUUGAUGUUGUAGGUGAAGGUGCUUAUGGUGUUGUUUGCUCGGCCAUCCACAAACCUACUGGUCAAACUGUUGCCAUCAAACGUAUCAUGCCUUUCGACCAUGCCAUGUUUUGUCUUCGAACUCUUCGAGAAAUCAAACUAUUGAAGUAUUUCAAUCAUGAAAAUAUUAUAUCUAUUCUUGAUAUCGUCAAACCAAGAUCAUAUGAAGAAUUUACAGAAGUAUACCUUAUUCAAGAACUCAUGGAAACAGAUAUGCAUCGUGUCAUUCGAACUCAAGAUUUAUCUGAUGAUCAUUGCCAAUAUUUCACUUAUCAAACUUUGCGUGCUCUCAAAGCUAUGCAUUCUGCCAAUGUACUUCAUCGUGAUUUGAAACCAAGUAACCUACUAUUGAACGCCAAUUGUGAUCUAAAGAUCUGUGAUCUUGGGUUAGCACGAUCAUCCAACUCGGCGGAUGAAAACAGUGGAUUUAUGACUGAAUAUGUAGCAACACGAUGGUAUCGUGCACCUGAAAUCAUGUUGACAUUCAAGGAAUAUACAAAAGCUAUUGAUGUUUGGUCUGUGGGUUGUAUUCUUGCGGAAAUGCUCAGUGGCAAACCUCUUUUCCCUGGUCGUGAUUAUCAUCAUCAACUAACUUUGAUCUUGGACGUUCUAGGAACUCCUACAAUGGACGACUUUUAUGGUAUCAAAAGUAGAAGGGCACGAGAUUAUAUUCGAAGUUUACCAUUCAAGAGACGAAUUCCAUUUGCAAGACUCUUCCCCAAUGCAAAUCCAUUAGCCAUUGAUUUGUUAGAACGUUUAUUGACAUUCAAUCCUGCCAAACGAUUUACAGUAGAAGAAGCAUUAAAACAUCCUUACUUGGAACCAUACCAUGAUCCUGAUGACGAACCUGAUGCUCCUGCCAUUCAUGAAAGCUUUUUUGAUUUUGACAAGUAUAAGGAUCAACUCACCAAAGAAGAAUUGAAACAUAUGUUAUAUCAAGAAAUCACCCAAUGAAACCAAGAAAAGUAUAUCUUUUUUUUUUGUCACAUCCUAUCCCCUUGUUUUCUAGUUUUAUUCAUACUCUACCACCUUCUUUAUUUUUUUUUUUUUAUUUUAUACCUUUGUCAUUAUCUGAUUUCAAAUUUGAAUUUAUAUGAAAUAAAACAUUCUGAUAUUUUGUUGGAGGUUUUCGAAAUCAAA